AUGGCGAAUUUUACGGGUCAUGGCAAUCUCGACUCUCCCACCAUGCCAUACACAGUCCUGGAUCAAUACCAUUCUCAGCCGAGCAAGAUAAGAGUGGCAUGUGCCGGAGCCGGGGCCACAGGCUUGUGCUGUGCGUACAAGAUGGAGCGGAUGUUGGAGCCCAAUUCAUGGGAAUUGACUCUGUUCGAAAAGAAUGAACAGUUUGGGGGGACGUGGUGGGAAAACACCUACCCGGGCGUGGCCUGCGAUAUCCCAUCCCAUCUCUACACAUUCUCCUGGGAUCCCAACCCGGAAUGGUCGCACUAUUUUGCCUACGGCAAUGAGAUUCAGCGAUAUUUCGAGGGAUUCGCCCAACGCUACGAUCUACACAAGUACAUGAAAUUGAGGACGAAAGUGGUGGAGAUUAACUGGGACCAAAGUCAAGGUAUCUGGAACAUCACCCUCCAAGAUAUGACUACGAACGAAAUAUGGCACGAUUGGGCGCAUGUCUUUAUCAAUGGAACUGGAAUCCUGAACACGUGGAAAUGGCCUGAUAUCCCAGGGCUUCAUGACUUCAAGGGUCCCAUGAUGCAUUCGGCAAAGUGGAAUCACGAGGUCGACUUCAAAGGCAAGAAAGUCGGUGUUAUCGGCACUGGGAGUACAUCCGUACAAAUCAUUCCGGAGCUUCAAAAGGUUGCGGGACACGUGGAUGUCUUUAUGAGAAGCCCAACUUGGAUCAGCCCGCCAUUCGGAGCUUCCGCCCUAUCAGCCCUGAGAGGAGGGGAUGCUCCGGAUCCUGGUAAGCGCCAAUAUACAUUCACCGACGAGGACAAAAAGCGGUUCCGAGAAGACCCCCAAUACUAUCUCCGAUUCCGCAAGGAGAUCGAAGCUGAGAUCAACGUCUUGUUCGGCAUGUAUAUCCAGGGUUCGGACUUGCAGAAACAGUUUCGAGACGUCAUCACCAAGGAAAUGAUUCGGCGGCUGGGACCAGGCAACGAGAAGCUCAAGGAGUUCAUCAUCCCGAAAUGGUCCGUUGGAUGCAGACGGGUAUCGCCUGCUGAUGGGUACCUGGAAGCAUUGGUGUCGGAAAAUGUCACUCCGGUCUUUGGGGAAGUCGACCGGGUCACCGCCGAAGGAGUGGUCGUUGAUGGGUGCGAACAUAGGCUGGACAUCCUUGUCUUCAAUGGGACUAAAAGCAUUGACGAAGAUUGGGGUUCUGGCUGCAAUAUGUAUCUUGGAGUCUCUGCACCAAGGUUUCCCAAUUACUUUACGAUCGUGGGACCUGGCGCCACAUGGAGCAACGGCACUCUCCUCCCAGGGAUCGAGACCACAGUGGAGUACUCGAUCAAGAUGAUCAAGAAAAUCCAGACGGAGGGUAUCCUGUCGGCGACUGUGAAACAGCAAGCUCUGGACGAUAUCUAUCAGCAUUUUGACGAGUUUCAUAAAGGCACAGUCUGGCACGAGGACUGCCGAAGUUGGUUCAAGGACGGCAAGAUUAAGAACCGAAUCUAUCUAUGGCCGGGACCCACCAUUCAUUUCCUCAAGACAAUCAAGGAACCACGCAUGGAAGACUACGACUUUGAAUACAAAUCCGGCAAUCGAUUUGCAUUCUUGGGCAAUGGGAACGUCAAAGCAAUGCUGACUGGUGAUAUUGACGGGUUGAGCCCUUACAUCAGGGAUGCUGAUUGUCCAUGGACUAUAGAUUAA